GGUCGAAGACACAGCGAAAGAUGUAUCGAUCAAAAGAUCAAAGAAAGCAAGAAAAUUCUGAAUGUAUGAAAAUUAUAACGGACGACACACUGCGUUUGAAUAUGGCGGGAAAGUGUGACAAACAACAUAGGAAAAUAGCAGACGGUAUCAGAACUAAAACCGAAAAAGUUGGCAGUGUUACUAUGAUAAAAUAUUCCGAAUGCAAGAAAACAGAGAGUAACAGAGUCAAAACAAACAGAGACAAAAGAGAUUUAGAUAAAUUGAAAUUAAGUGUUAAGAAUUCUCGGAAAAGGUCAUAUGGGAUUAUUCCAUUGGCGGACAUGUGUACAAAAACUAUUCUUAUGAAGGCAAGCUCAGAACCGUAUACGGAAAUUCGGGUCAAUAUACAAAUAGAUAAAACAAUUUUACUGAAAGACAAUUACUGCCAGGAUGCCAACACAUUCAAUGUUAGGGACAGUAUUAGCAGCAUUGAUGAUUAUUUGUUAAACCGAAAGACUGACAGUAACGUUUUAUCUCAGAAAACAAAAUGGACAGAUCAAUCAAAAAGUUCCGUUAGGGAUAUUCUGACAACGAAAAGCUUGACUGUAGACCACACAGGCAAAGAUCUGAAUAAAUCUGAAAGAUCCACGAAACUAGAUAGCCAUUCAAUUAGUAAUCAUAAAAAAUCUCUCGAGUUAAGAGAUACAGAAUUUUUUUCCAAGAAAUCUCACAAAGUGUAUAAUUACCCCGGGAAUAGUAAUGUAAAGUCUCAGGAAUCUAAUAGCAAUUGUGGAAGGAAUUUACUGAAAUCUCAGGAAUCUAAUAUCAAUUGUGGAAAGAAUUUACUGAAAUCUCUGGAAUCUAAUAUCAAUUGUGGAAGGAAUUUACCGAAAUCUCAGGAGUCUAAUAUCAAUUGUGGAAGGAAUUUACUAAAAUCUCAGGAAAUUUUUACUGAAUCUGAUCGAAAUAUUUUUGCAGUAUUAGGCGCAAAAGCACUCGCAGAUAAAUUGACAGAAAACAACAGAUUUAAAACAGAACCAACCGAUACUUCUUAUGACAAUUCGACUCCAUUGACUACAUGUAGUCCGUCGUCUGCAAGUAAAUCAGAAAAAUGGACAGAAAUAAUAAAAGUUAAAACUGAAUCAAUUGAUAAUUCGUAUGGCAAUUUAAAUUCAUUUACAAGACCGUAUAUUAAUAAAUCACAUUUGGAACUCCGUGUCGAAACAACCCAGGUACACUGCUCAGUGGGAUCAUCUAGUCCAUUACGCCAAACUGCUGAGAAAAAUGAAAAUGACAUUACUUCUGAUUACGAAGGAUCGUCGACUGGUCUCCCAUCGGAAGACGAAGAUAUCAAAGAAGAAGCUUUAGAGCCAGUGAGAUGCAGUUCUUUGCAGACUGACACACAGCCAGAAUUUGACGAAGACCUUCCGAUGUUGAUCAGUCCGCAAAGGAAAAAGAUGAAGUUAGAAGACAAGACUACAGUUGCACAAAUGAAACCACCAAAAGACAGUUCAACAAAAGAUUCAAAGAUAAUUUCAAAUAGUUUGAAAAUAACGGAAAAGAAGAAAGCAGAUAUCACUAGACGCAACGAUUCAAAUGAUAGAAUUAGAACCAAAGAAUGUACAUCAUUAUCGAAAAAAGCAGUCCAUGAAAAAUGUAGAAGAGAUGAUAAAUUAAAAUCAUACAAGACAUUUAGCUUUGACUCAUCAAAGACGAAUUUAGGUGGUAAAUCCGAAGGCACAAAAUUAACACUGAAAGAUUAUUCCAGCGAAAAAAUAAAACAUUCUGAAAAAAAUAAUCCAACAAAAACCAGACACAAUUCUUCAAAUAACGAUGCAAGGAAUUUGCCUAGUAAACAGAAAAAUUCGAGUACCAAGUCACGGGUGACUUUAGAGGAUGUUGUGGGGAAAGAUAACAUUAAAACGCAAAGUAACCCAUUUGAACCCGAUACAGAUGUUCAUUUGGAGAGUAAACACAAUGUUGAGUCAAAAGAAAUAGAAUGUAAAAUGAAGGCUGUCGCAGUUGAUAUUUUCAAGCUGGCGAAUGAGUUUCAAAAAGUUAAAAAGUCAUACUCUGAAACAACAAAAACAGACCCCGAGACCAUUACAUUAGCCGCAAUCGUGCGAGAUGAGUGCUCAGACAAAACUUUGUCGAAAAGUGAAGUAGACAAAGCAGUUCGUAAAAAGAAUCAAUCAAUUAUAUCAGACGUCCAAAAUAAAAUGAAAAUAUCAACUUUGAUAGAUGAAUGCAAGAGAAACACACCAACUCAUGGACACAAAACGAAGGAGAUAGAUCGGUCUAAAUGCACUGACAAGACGAGUAUACAAUUGAAGAAUGAAAAAGUAAGUGGGCGAAAAGAAGGAGAAAGAAAAGUAAGUUCUAAUAAUAAAGUAAUCAAAUCACGUGAUAACAACGGUGAUAAUAGAGUUUUAAAGGAAAGAAGUCGAAAGCAUGAUGUAAAAUACGAUGGUCGAAGAUGCGACGAAAAGUAUGAAAGUCUGAGGUACGAUGAAGGAAAAAUGCGAAGAUGCGACGGAAAUCGUAGAUAUGAUAAAAGAGAUCGUCUUAGAGCUGAUGAUGCAACUAAACUUGUCGGACGGUAUGGAAGUGGUAUAUUUGAUAAAGAUGACAUUUAUAAACCUUAUGAAUCGGGAACACCGAUCCGCCUGUCUACCGAAAGAGAUGAAAAGAAAAUCUUAGGUAAUGCAGAAAUGCAAAGUGGUCAAGAACAAAAUGAAAGAACUGAAAAUCCAUCUACUCUUAUACGAAUGAACAAUAAUGAAGAUAUGAACACUCAGGAAAGUUAUUCUAAAAAAGAAGUAUGUCAGAAAUCUACUGAUGAAUCAAAAGAAUGGAAAAAUUCAGAAAAGGAUUUGCAAACAAAGGAUGGAAAAAGUAGUAAUACAAAAGUUUAUGUUGAUGAAAAUCGCCCAUCAGUGGAAAGCGUACUUGUUUUGAGUGCUGCUUCAAAGGAAACCGAGACGACUACAAAAGUAGCAAAGGCAGAUUCAAUAACAAAUUUAGCUUCAAACGACAAUUUCAUCUCAUUGGAUGAGACUGCAAAUGAAUCCGACCAAGCAUCAACUAAUCCAACAGAAGAGGAAGACAUAAUAUUUGAUAUGAGCGAUGCACAUGAACUGACUUCAGACAGAUCUGAUACUAAUGAAUUUAUCGGAGAACACAACAAACUGUUAACUGUUUAUUCUGACAAUAGUUCUUUACAUAAAAACAAGAAGCAACCACAAGACGUACCUUUGAUCACAAAUAGUAAAAUUACUCCUGAAGCCGACAAUAAGGUCAUGGAAAGCGUCAACAAGAAUAAAGACGCUUUAUCCAACCAAAUUAAUCAUAAAAAUAUCAUUAUACCUUGCAACGAUACAGCGACGACACAUUUCAGCAAAUCUAUUAAACAGCCUUUACUUGAAACUCUUAAGAUAAAUAAAGCUUCAUUGGAAACCCGUAUUCAAAAGAAAACAUUGAUACUAACGCCUACCAAAAGUGAACAAUACAAUGAUAAAUUCAUUAAAUUGCAACAUAACGUCAACAAACCAACUACAAGUCGUCCAAUGAAUGCGAUUAGUAAAUGGGAAAAGAUAAAACCUACGCUAUCGACAAAGGAAGAAAUUCAAGAUUUAUCACCAAAUAAAAAAAUUCAAGAUUUAUCACCAAAGGGAGAAAUUCAAGAUUUAUCACCAAAGGAAGAAAUUCAUGUAUUAAAGUCAAUUUGUAUUUCCACCUCCGUAGAUGAUGCACAGGAUAUUUGUACUGCUAUAUCUGAUGAAGUUGUUUCAAAUCCAGACAGUGAUACAGCGCCGAGAAAGGAAGCACCGAAGCAUUAUGUCAAAAGUUCUGACAUUAGUAUUAUGAAUGUUGCAACUUCUGAGAAUACGAUACCGGGGUUAGUUGAUACCAAAACCUCCAACGAUAACGCUCAAAAACUUGUUUGUAAUACCAUCAUGGAGGAUACAAACCCUGUUGAUUUCCGAACUAACGACAAUAAUACAAAGGAGGCUGGUAUUGUUAUAUCUGACAAAAAAGUCCAGGGGCCUGUUUGUACCACAACGUCUUACACGUAUAUACCAAAAUCCUGUGAUAACGCGAUUAUCGAAAAAGAUGCACAGAAAACUAUUUGUGUGACGACGACUGAUAAAGAUGUCCAAAAGGAUGUUGAAAUAUCAAUUUUAGACACGAACACAUCAACGUCUGUGUGCAUUGAAAAAUACAAAAAGGAUGUAAUAACUGGUACACCAAAAGUCUCUGCUACCUUGCAUGACAUUGGUGAUCUGGUACCAGUAUGUUACAAAACCACUGACAACGUUGUACUGAAGUCUGUUGAAACAUCAACUUGUUACAAUGAUAUAUCGAAACGUAUUUAUACAGCAACACCCGACCAAGAAGUAAACAAAAUUGCAGAUUUACAGGAAAAUGCUUGUGAAACAAUUGACAAUGAAGUAUCAAAGACACAAUGUACUGUUAAUUGUGAGAAUGCUAUACUGAAACCUUCAAAUAUCGUAACUUCUAAACAUAAACUUAUGUCUAUUUUAUCCGCAACUUUAAAUGAAAAUAUCCCCGAAUUAGAUUGCAGCUCAACUUCUGUAAAUGAUCUUGUGAAAGCAACGUCGAACAAUGAUGUGAUGUCGCAAAGAUUUGUCGGUAAUAUUUCAUGUAUCAGUGACAUACAGAAUCAAGAGUGCGCCAAAUCGGAUACUUUAAUGACCUCAUCAAAAACUGAAAAUGUUUUGAAACAUGGACAAAGUGAUAAAGAAGAUGCAGCAAAUAAUGAAAAGGGAGAUUAUGAUGUAGUAGAUCUCCUAGCUGAACAAAUUCCGAAACCAUCUCCCUAUGAAAACAAAAGGAAAAUCAAACUUUUGGCAAACACGUGUAUCUUAUCGAAAAGUGUGAAAAUUAUACACUCUACAAAAAAUAGACAAAGAAUUAAAUCAAAAAUGAGUGUAGCAAAACGAAAUAUAGUUACUGAUGAUAGUGAUAACUUUUCUGUUACCAUUAAAAACGAAGAAAAAGAAAAGAACGAUGUUCAACAAAGCAAGACUGAUAAGGAAGAUGAUAAAGAUGUUAAGAAAAAAGAUUGUGUAGUGAUAGACCUCACUGACGAAGAAAGUCCGACAAAAUCAAAUAAGAAUAAGAGAAAACUAGAUUUAGAAACAGGAAGCGAUUCUAAAGAAAGCAAACGUGGACGAAUUGAACAAAACAAUAGAAAAAUCAAAUCAAAAGUUACUAUAGCAAAACAAAACGAAAUUGCAAACCAUACUGAUGACACCGGUCCGAAACAGAUGCGAAACCAGAAAGAUCCUGAUAAAAGAAGAACUACUGAAAGUAAGAAAAAUUCAAAAUAUGAAUCAGAACGCAAUUACUACAAACGCAAUGUUGGAAAGGAUAGAGAUUACAAUUAUCGUACAAGCAUUAAAAGAUCUGACAGUAAAGAGUAUGAAAGAAAAUAUGAAAGUUCGAAAUACGAUAGAAACUUCCUAAAGAAAAGAGAGUACGCUUAUGAACACGAAAUUCCGUCACUUCUGUUGAUGAACACACAACCAAUGAGUGAUGUUUCUUACGUAGGACUGAAAGUUGAUCCAUCAACUGCACAUGCGCGAUGUUUUAAUGAGGUCGUCGAAUAUGCAUAUGAUUUUAUGCGCAGAUAUUGUGAUUACAAUGAAAUAUCAAGUCAAGAAGUCACACCAGUUCGCCGAUUUCGAACAAACCUUAUGCGACAAUUAAAAGCUACAUUUGAUCGAUAUUUUUACGGACCAAAUAAUCCGUAUGAUCCAAUUUAUUCACUCACAGGUCCUCAACCACGAUUCCGCAACGAAGAUAUCAUGAUCAGAACAAUUUUACACACCAUUAAAAAGCCACAUAUUCGUCGCGGUACGGAUUGUCAUAGUUGUCAGUUUGAUGAUGUCAUAGGUUACGAAGGUUAUAAAAUUCCAUGUUUUUGGUGUAAAGUUGAAUUUCGUCAGGGGGAAUUUUUACGUGCAUUACCUAUACUUGAUCGUUCCUAUGCAUAUUGACAUUAUUGUCUGUUUUCAUUCUUCGUGAUUUUAUGAUGAAAAAUGUGUAGCUUAAGUUCAGUUUAUUUCUUUGUAUAAUUGUAAUGUCGAGAACUGAACGAGAAAAAGUUGGAUUGGUUUUAUGAAGAUGUUCGAAAACAUUUUAUUACAUGUUGAUAUUAUUUUCCAUGUUAUUCCUUUUUCUGUAUGCGACAAACUGGACAUGUUUUAUUUUAAAUGUUUUAUAUUUUUAUUCAAUAUUUGACGAUUGUACAUAUCCAUAGAUACGUAUAAUGAAGGUUUAAACGAU